GCGAAAAUACUUAUAGCAUACUGAUAUUAAGCCUAUAUCCUGUUUAAUGUUAAUUGUUAGUUUGUCUUUGUUUGAUGAAAUUGUGUAAAUCGAAUGUGAUCCCACGUAGUAUUUUUGUAGUAAAAAAAAAACAACUUAAGAUGUAGCCCAACUGUCUGUUAAAAUUUCAUUUUUCAAGCAUAUUUAUUUUCGAAUUUGAGAUUUUAAGGCAAUAAACAUACAAUCUAUUGAUCUUAACCUUACAAUAACUGUAAAUUUGCUAAAUGGUGAGAAGGUGAAUGCACUGAUUUUCCUUGUAAUAGGUAGCAUGAUUCACAUGUGAAUUCAUUUGAUAUUCGACUUAUUGUAUUUAAAAUAUCUACAAUUAAUAGUGCUAGUUGAAUUUAACUAGCUUUAUUCUGCUCGCAAACAUAUCCAAGAAGAGUCUGGUAAUUUAGAUGUCCUGGGACCUGAAAAUCGUUCUUGGUGGCGCCAAAAGAGCAAAAAUAAACAGUUCAAUCAAAGUAAUUCCAGUAUGACUGUGGAAACAGUGAAACAGCUUACAAAAGUGUUUUGUGAUGAUGAAGCACUUAUAAACAAGAAGCUGCCAAAAGAACUAAUAUUAAGAAUCUUCUCUUACUUAGAUGUUGUAUCAUUAUGCCGCUGUGCCCAAGUUUCAAAAGCUUGGAAUGUUCUAGCUUUAGAUGGUUCAAAUUGGCAAAGAAUUGAUUUAUUUGAUUUUCAGAAAGAUGUAGAAGGCCCAAUAAUUGAAAAUAUUUCUAGAAGAUGUGGUGGUUUUCUCAGACAGCUAUCUUUAAGGGGUUGCCAGUCCAUUGCAGAUGGUUCAAUGAAAACAUUAGCUGCAUUAUGUCCAAAUGUAGAGGAUCUCAAUCUAAAUGGUUGCAAAAAAAUAACAGAUUCAACUUGCCAGGCUUUAGCAAAACAUUGUGUUAAAAUACAAAAACUUAAUUUAGAUAGUUGUGCUGCAAUCACAGACUUAUCGUUAAAGGCACUUAGUGAUGGUUGUCCUCAGUUAACACAUAUUAAUAUUAGUUGGUGUGGAAAUGUUACUGAAAAUGGUGUUGAAGCCUUGGCAAGAGGUUGUCCUAAAUUGAAAAGCUUUAUUAGCAAAGGAUGCAGACAAAUUACAUCAAAAGCAGUGGUUUGUCUUGCUAGAUUUUGUGAAGGAUUGGAAGUUGUAAAUUUGUUAGGAUGUAAUAAUUUAAGAGAUGAAGCAGUCCAAGUCCUGGCAGAAAAAUGUAAUAAAUUACAUUAUUUAUGCCUCUCAGGAUGCUCUCAGCUUACAGAUACAUCCCUGAUCUCCUUAGCUCAACAAUGCCCCUAUCUUUCGACAUUAGAAGUAGCGGGCUGUUCUCAAUUUACCGAUGCUGGUUUUCAGGCAUUAGCAAGAAGUUGUCGGUAUUUAGAAAAAAUGGAUUUGGACGAAUGUGUAUUGAUUACAGAUGCAACCCUUAUACAUUUAGCAAUGGGGUGUCCUCGAAUAGAAUACCUGACACUUUCUCAUUGUGAACUGAUAACUGAUGAAGGAAUUCGACAUUUAUCAAUGUCGCCAUGUGCAGCCGAAAAUUUGACCGUUUUGGAGUUAGAUAACUGCCCUUUAAUAACCGAUGCUUCUCUAGAACAUCUCACAUCAUGCCAUAACUUACAACGUGUAGAACUUUAUGACUGCCAGCUAAUUACCAGAGUUGGAAUUAGAAGACUACGAAGUCAUUUAACCAACAUAAAGGUGCACGCUUAUUUUGCUCCAGUUACUCCUCCUCCUUCAGCAGGUGGUUCGCGCCAACGCUACUGCAGAUGUUGUAUUAUUCUUUGAGACUGCUGCCCGCACGGCUUUGAUGAUCCGUAACAAUUAUGUGUUUGAGAACACAGGGUUUUGUGCGAAAACAAAAAUGUAAUCAACGAAUAGCCUUCAAUUUUGUGUGCGCAGCCAAGUUCCUCUUGAACUUGGUUCUUUGACAUUUGAAGGUCGCAGUUUACGAUGGUAUUGCAUAAAAAAAUCAAAAAGUGUACUUACAUGAAUUUACCAGUAUCACUGAAGAAAUGUUUGUUUCUUAUGUAUCUAUUCAGACCACUAUAUUUUUAUGCAAGAAACAGAACCUGGAGAAACAUUUUUAAAAACAAAAAUGAAUAGAUAGUGGAUUUUUCUAGACUAUAGUGGCCUUUUGUAACGGUUGUGACCCAUUCCUGAUUUUUACACCCUAUUCAACCUUUUUCUUUGUGGUGUACGUAAACGUUGCUUUUUCGUUGCCGGUGUACUAUAAUAAUUGCUUAAAAUGAGGUAAAAGCAAAAUAGAUUUCUCAACAAAUAGUAUUAACUGCAAUACAAACCUUGUAAUCGUAAAGUAUAAAAGAAUAUUAAUGUAAACAUCAAUUUAUUUAAUUCAUAAUCUGACACUGUCGUUAUUUAUAGUAUGUGUAUGAGAAUUAGUAAGUAACCUCUUUUUUGUAUCAUUUUCCUUUUCAUAUGAGGCAGUAUUUAAUUUUAAUUUACUGAAAGCUUCUAAAAGCUCAUGAUUUAAAUGUUUGUUUUUAAUUUAUGAUGUAAAGAUUUUGCUAAAUACCACACACUCUUGUAUAUUUACGAUUUCAAAGCUGCAACAAGUUUGUUAAUAUAAUGUACAUAUAUAUUCGUGAAUUUAAUUUAAAUCAAAAAUUGAUGAUUAGCUACUAAAUCGUUACAGUAUUACACAUUUAGUUGCUACCAUUAAUUAUUUAUAUUUAUAUACUUUCGGAUAAAUAAUUGUGAUAAAAACUGCUUUUGUUUCUCAUACUGAAAUAAAAAUAA